AUGUCGUCAACACUAAAGCGCAAGCCUUCUCCUUCAGAAGACGAAUCACUGGCCGAAUCCUCCAAACGUCGCUUCACCGAAACCACCACGGACGAUGCAGCACCACCACAAGACAACGACAUGACCUCAACAGCCGCAUCCUCAGCAGCACCCACACCAACAUCAGCAGCAGACUCUACAACAAGCACAUCCCAAGCCGACCGCCUCGCCCGCUUCGCCGCCCUCCGCAACAGAAACAAAUCCUCCCGCGACGACAACCGCAAAGCCACAACUCUAGAAGUGUCGCGCGCCUCUGCCGACCCUGGUGCUCUAGCCUCUCUAUCCCGUCGCAAAGAACGCGCUUCUGAAAAACUGCUGCAUGCGCAAACACUCGAAGACGGCGACGACUGGGAUCGCAAACGCGCCUGGGACUGGACGGCCGAAGAAUCCGCAGCUUGGGACAAAAAGCAAGCAAAGAAAAAGGCACACCGCGAUAACGUCGCAUUCCAAGAUUUCAGCCAGGACGCAAACAAAAUCUACAAACGCCAAGUCAGAGAAAUGAACCCGGAUGUUUCGAACUACGAAGCGGAGAAAAUGGCUGCGGUGGAGAGGGCCGCUCAAUCUGGAGGACUGGAAAUUGUAGAGACGGAAGAUGGAGAAUUGAUUGCUGUGGACAAGGAUGGCAGUUUCUACAGCACAAAAGACUCGACCGAGUUUGUGGGGAACAAGCCGAGUAAAGAGAAGAUUGACAAGUUGGUUGGAGAGAUACAGAAGGCUGAGGAAGUCAGACUCAAAAAGAGAAGGGAGAGGAGUGGUAAGGAGGAGGAUGGCGAUGUCACGUAUAUCAACGACAAGAACAAGCAGGUAAGUUAUGCUGCAAGAAAGAGUAUGGGGUUGAAGAGUAUGCUGACAUCAAGUGACAACNAGUUCAACCAAAAAUUGGCGAGGUUCUACAACAAAUACACUUCGGAGAUCAGGGACAGUUUCGAGAGAGGUACUGCUAUCUGA